ACAUAUAAACUCAUUAGAUGUGCACGGAGAGAUGAUGUCGAUCUCCUCCAUUUUCUCUUCAUCCGAGCACGAAACAAAAGCGCCAUUUACACACUUCAUAACGUCUUUAGGAUAAACGCAAUCAUGUUGUCAUUUUAUACUUUAGAUGAGAUUUAACGGAGAAAGUGCAUUGUGUUGCGUUGCCAGCGCGCUGGUUUUAGGUGCACUGUCAGAAAACCCUCUUACAUAUAUGCCACUAUAAAUACAGUUAUUUGUACGCAGAGUUGCAAUUGACCGAAAGCAUGUGCAUGGAUAUUUACACGAACAUCUAUUAUAUUAACUAUAUGAAUGAACGUCGUUGGAAAUAAGUCGUAACUUCUUGAACGUAUACUUCAAAUUGUAAUUUAACACUUUGUGGCCUGUGCCAGCAGCCGACUCCAUCUUGAAUGACCAGAUCUUUGAACUUGAAUUAAAAACGCGUGUUUUCAAUACCAAACCGAACAUUUCCAUGUUUGUGUUAUAUGUUUGGGUGUAUUUCAUAACAGUUAUUGGGUUAAAUAUAUGUAGAAAUGACUUAGGGGUAAUGAUGUCAGGUCGUUGCAAGUGUGCACGAUGCAACGAGUGGGAUAUAAAUAUUAAUGUCGCACUGUUUUAGUAAUUAUUUAAGCGUUUCACUGAAAAGCAUAAUUGUUUUUUGGGGAUAAAGUCAGGCACCGGAGUUGAAGGGAGCUCCUCUCACAGGGGGUUGGGUUGCCGUGCCGAUUGGCUGCUGUUCAUACAUAGACACAUACAGUCACGGGCUUGAAACAGAACCAGGUCGACAGCAAGGAAACAAUAAUUAUUGAAAAUGAAAAGUACAACGUCCGUAUCGUAAAGCAGAGGUGUGUUGUCAUUGACACAUCGCGCACUGGAUGGCUUUGCUCUUUCUGUGUUCUCUGGCCUACUGCUGCAGCUGCGGCUGGGAUUUUCUUCAUCCAAUUUCACAAAUGUGAAAAAAAGGUCAUUUCGCGCGGACGAAAGGGGAGUUUUUAAUAUGAAUGACACUUGGCAACAUGUAAAUGAUAAUGGAAAACAGUUUGAUUUAGCCACACAAGCUGACUCUUAGGGAUGCUGUGGAUAGUGGCACCUGUACACAGGUGCCUGAUGCACUUGAAAAUACCUUCUCGUCGGAAAGACGUCUGGCUUCAACUCUGUCCUGCACUGAAUGUGGUAGCUUAACCUGUUAUAGUCCCUUAAGAGGCCAAAGGCUUACGAAGUGAUGCACAGGUUGAGUUAGUUGACGCAAAAUGGAUGCCACUUUGACUGACGGCAGAGCUGACAUUGACAGCUGCACAUCUCCACCCAGUCCCGAUUUUAGUCUGGAUUCCUCCAGUCCCUUUGCAAAUGGAUUGCACUUUGAGUCAAUUUUGUUUGAAGAUGAGGAAGAGGAGGAUGUUAUGGACACAGAGGCGGUGGCUCAGUUGGAAAGAGCCUUGGGCGGAAAGGAAGACACUACAUAUACAGAUUUAAAGAGAAAAUUAGAUGUCAAGCCUUGUCCAACUAGAAGUAAAAUUUCAAAGUCUCAAGCAACCCUGGACCUAGAGGUCAACUGUGAAGACAUGCCUAAAAGGCUUUCGUCUAUUGUUAGCCCUACUGGGAUUAUAAUGACAAAAAAACAGAGAACAAAAGCUCCACCACCUGUGAAAUAUUUGGAGGGUGAAGUUAUAUGGGCAAAAUUCAACCGUAGACCAUGGUGGCCAUGUCAGGUGUCUAUCGACCCAGCUGAGGGAGUUUACCACAGAGUUAAAGAGCCACCAGAUAGGGCCAGUCGUCAGUAUUUCCUCAAGACAUUUGGGGAACCUGAGGAACAGGCAUGGGUUGCAGAGCGAUCUACUCAUAUAUUUGUGGGUGGAUAUCAGUUUAACAAUCUCCCUUUUGUCAGAGGAAGUGGACGACAGAAAGAUGAGAACCGCAGAUACUCUAUACCCAAGCGUUUUCUAAAGUCUUGGCAAGCUAGUGUGUCUGAAGCAGAAGCACUUCUCUUGGAGAAGCCAAGGGCGAGCACCCCCUGCUUAGAAGUCACCAAAAACAUUGAUGAUGGAACCACAGUGGACAGAGAUGAUAACAAAGCAUCUUCGGUGGAAGUCUUCAACAGUAACCUUGUGACCAAUGGCAAUGUUUCGCAAAACUCCCACCUGAACACCUUACCACGUCAACAGAAGGCUAAAAGCACCAAAAAACAAAAGAAGUCUGUAUCAAAACCCAUAGGAAAAGUGAAAGAAUCCACUUGUAAGGUUGUGGCAGCAUUGGACAGUCCCUACUCCGACAUUGAUUCGGUUCCUCAGAUCCGCAGGUGUCCCAAAAGCACAGAACAAACAUCAAACCAAUGUGUUGAUAAUAGACAUGCAAGCUCGAAUGCAGGUACAAAUGAUGUGGAAGCAAAGAAGAACGUCAAGAACCAGGGUGGCCUGUGGUUCAGCAAAGCAGGGAAGGGUCAAGUCAACGGACUUAGUCGUGCGGGAAUUAAAUCAGUUAAUUGGUCUUUUGGAAAGGUGUCUUGCAAAAUUAAGAUGCCAGAUUCAGCCAGCGUGAAACCCAAGGACAGUCAAGUCACAGGACUCGAACAUUUGUCUGUAGAAGCCAAAAAGGCUCUUGAUAGGAGAGUGAAGUGCCUUCCUGCAAGCAGUCGUCUAAUGACUAGAGCACUAAAGGCGAUGGAGGAGGCAGAGCACAAGACGACGGAGGGUCAAGAGUCGACUUUAAGUGUCGAAGGAGAGAAUUUAUCUGAUUUUAAGGUAACGGAUAAAACGGGUGUAGGGGACCGUGUCACUUUACAGAAGAUGGCAGCUUCGACAAGCCGUUGUCUCAAAAAGGAUGCGCAUCCUCAGGCAUCCUCAGAUCUAAAAGAUGAUAAACAUUUAGUUAAAUCUGUGGAUGAAGUCUCUUUGAUAUCUCACUCGUUCAAAUGCAGCAAGCAAGAGAAUGAUGCUUCUGAUGUAUCUUCUAGUUCUCCGACAUCUUCUUUGUGCUUAAACUUGGAAGAUCUUGAGAAUAUGAAAGAAAUAACCUUUAAAUCACUCGAUAAAGAUCCAAAUGGCAAACGUCCAUUGUUUCGGCCUGAUGUAAACUAUAAGUUUAGUACAUAUUUAAUGCUGCUGAAGGAUACGCACGAUAGGAGAGAACAAAAUGGGACCCCGCUGGUAAUGGAACCCUUACCCAUGAACUAUCUCAUUAAAGAAGAGCCAUCAGUGAUACCCAAAAAUGAAAUAAAGGAUGAAGGGGCCAAAACAAACAUGGUAGUUUCACAAUGUCAACAGAACAAAGUGGCUGUGAAGCAGAAGAAAAGCAAGGGAAAAUCUGGGAAAAAUAAAGGUGAAACAAGCAACAGCAGUGUUGUCCCUGAUAAUCAGCUUAUUAAAAGCGCUCAGAGACCUACCAAAAAAGUUGAAGCACUGGAACUUAAAACUAAUUGUUUCGGCAGGGCAUCCUGUGAGAUCACUGCGAUAGCCCAAGAUUCAUUUGAGAGAGGGAUACCUGAGCACCAACUUCACUCAUCUGAACCAGAGAACAAGUUUUCGGUCAGCGUGCCCAAAAAACGUUGGCAGAAGUUUGAACAACUCAAUGACAAAGGAUUGCAUCUACACAAAAGUAAUUGUCAUCGAGAGACUAAACAGCCUUCAGAACACUGUGACAUCUUGAUGGGUGGCACAAACAAGUCCUUUGAGUUCGGGGAGGAACGUAACACAAACUCCUCAGAAACUCAAAUAAAUGACGUUCCCACAGAAUGCAAACGUAUAAGAAAACCUAGCAAAAGACUCAUCGAGUGGACAGAGGAAUACGAUCAGUUGUUUUCCACUAAGAAGAGAUCAAAAAAGAAAUCGGAGUCGUUUACAAAGGUUGAAAAACACAACUGCAGUGUCCCACCUGCUGGAAAUAUACAGGAACCUCAAUUAACGGAGCAAGAUUUGUCAAGAUCCCUGCCAGAAGUACAGACUCCUCCUCCAGAAGAGACCUCCAAACCCCUAUCUGCAGUCAAAGACGCUCUACAUGAGGAGGGUCAGGUUUUGUCCAUAGAUACGCUAACUCCACCUCCCGAUACUACAGUACCAUCUCCAUGUGCUGAUAUUUAUCAUAAGGAACAGCUUCAGUGCCAAAAUGGUUUAGCUAUUGUAGGUGAUGGUGUGUGUCUAAGCACAAAGAGACAGAGGAAGCCCACCAAAAAGAUUCUAGAAAGUUCCAUUGAAGCUGAACCAAUUCUCACACCUAAACGAAAGGUAAAGUCACAGAAGACAUCUGGACAUGCUGCUAACUCAGGAGUGGGACAACAAUCAUUCAAACAUAUGAACAUGCUGUCUUCCGAGUCCAUCGACACGCCGAGUGCCUCUAUUCCAAAGAGCACUGAGAUGGAGACAUUCACUUCAUCUGGAGUGCCUCAAGCGGCUGACCCAGAAUCAGUUGAGGGUCAUUCAGACUCACAGAUGUCUGUACCUAGUUAUGGCUUGUUUAGAGAAGACCAUUCACAAUCAGAAGAGCUCUCAACCAAUAAGAGUCUAUCCAUAGAGAAAGAGGGCGGCACCUUUCACAAGGAAAAUGUGUGUCAGGUGUGUGAAAAACAUGGAGAUUUGCUCUUGUGUGAGGGGCAGUGCUGUAGGGCAUUUCACCCAGAAUGCACUGGUCUGAGUGAUGCUCCACUAAACAGUUUUUUAUGUCAGGAGUGCACAUCUGGCAUCCACUCCUGCUUUGCUUGUAAGAGAUUAAGUGAGGAUGUGAGGCGUUGCAUGAUCCCUGAAUGUGGUAAAUUCUAUCAUGGGGAGUGUGUGGCCAGCUACGCCCCUACUGUGCCUCUGAACCUGACCUUUCGCUGCCCUCUCCACGUGUGUCUGGCGUGUUUUAUCACCAACCCUACCAAUCCAUCCAUAUCUAAAGGUCAGCUGAUCUGCUGCAUCAGGUGUCCCGUGGCGUAUCACGCAGAUGAUCACUGUAUACCUGCAGGAAGUGUCACGCUGACCGACAGCUGCAUCGUGUGUCCAAAUCAUUUCAUACCACGCAAGGGCUGCCGCAACCACGAGCACGUCAACGUCAGCUGGUGCUUCGUCUGCUCCGAAGGAGGAAGUCUGCUGUGUUGUGAAUCAUGUCCUGCAGCGUUUCACAGAGAAUGUCUGAACAUUGAUAUGCCAGAGGGCAGCUGGUACUGCAACGACUGUCGGGCUGGAAGAAAACCUCACUACAAAGAGAUUGUAUGGGUGAAAGUGGGCCGCUACAGGUGGUGGCCAGCGGAGGUCAGCCAUCCCAGAAGCAUUCCUGAGAAUAUCCAGCGCAUGAGACACGAUGUGGGAGAAUUCCCGGUUCUCUUUUUCGGCUCUAAUGAUUAUUUAUGGACCUAUCAAGCCCGUGUUUUCCCUUAUAUGGAGGGCGAUGCCAACAGUAAAGAGAAAAUGGGAAAGGGAGUUGAUUCUACCUAUAAGAAAGCUUUGGACGAAGCUGCAAAAAGGUUCAAAGAGCUGCAGGCUGAGAAAGAACUACGACAGCUGCAGGAGGACCGACUAAACGACAAGAAACCUCCGCCGUACAGACACGUUAAGGUGAACAAACCAAUCGGCAAGGUGCAGAUCAUCUCGGCGGACCUUUCGGAGAUCCCGCGAUGCAACUGCAAAGCCACGGACGAGAACCCUUGCGGCAUUGACUCGGAGUGCAUCAACCGCAUGCUGCUGUACGAGUGUCACCCUCAGGUGUGUCCCGCAGGUGAACGCUGCUUAAACCAAUGCUUCAUCAAACGUCAGUGCUGCCAGGUGGAGAUCUUCAGGACGCUGUCUCGGGGCUGGGGACUGCGCUGUGUGCAUGACAUCAAAAAGGGGGAUUUUGUCAAUGAAUACGUCGGAGAGGUGAUAGACGAAGAGGAAUGCCGUGCCCGUAUUAAGCACGCUCAGGAGACCAACAUCGGCAAUUUCUACAUGCUUACACUGGACAAGGAUCGAAUUAUUGAUGCCGGGCCCAAAGGAAACGAAGCCCGUUUCAUGAACCACAGUUGCCAGCCAAACUGCGAGACCCAAAAAUGGACGGUAAACGGAGACACGCGUGUUGGGCUGUUUGCGCUUACAGAUAUACCUGCUGGCACAGAGUUAACAUUCAACUAUAACCUUGAGUGUCUGGGGGACGGCAGGACGGUGUGUAAAUGCGGUGCAUCUAAUUGCAGUGGAUUCUUGGGAGUGAGACCAAAAAACAACCCUCCAUCAGACGAUAAGGGUCGCAAACUAAAGAAGAAAUCCCAGAUGAAACGCAAAUCCCAGCAGGAAGUGAUCAAGGAGCGUGAGGACGAGUGUUUCAGCUGUGGAGAUGGAGGACAGCUCGUGUCCUGUAAGAGGCCAGGUUGUCCAAAGGUUUACCAUGCAGACUGCCUUAAUCUCACCAAGAGACCCGCCGGCCGUUGGGAGUGUCCGUGGCAUCAGUGUGACUUGUGCGGUCAGGAGGCAGCCUCCUUCUGCGAGAUGUGUCCCAGCUCCUACUGCGCAGAACAUCGGGACGGCAUGCUGUUCAUAUCCAAGCUGGACGGACGCUUGUCUUGCAGCGAGCACGACCCCUGCGGCCCCGAGCCCCUGGAGCCCGGUGAGAUCCGAGAAUACAUCCAGGAAAACAUCACCUCGUACCCCAUAAACGUCAUCAGAGCGACAAACACCGAAACAGCACCCCCGAACACUACAGCUGCCCCUCAGUCUCCACCACAGGACCUCUGUGGCCCCUCUAGUAGUCCGGUGGAAAUCUCUUUAAAUUGCGCAUAUUCACCCAUUUCUUCUUAUGGUGAAGGCGAAGAUCUGAUGGAGUUAGAAGAUGGUGAGAAGAAAAUCAGUCAAGAUAAUUCAGAACAAUUGAAGAUGAAAGAUUGAUUGUUGGAUAGAGUAAAUAAUAUUAGUUGCCUUGUUUUGAAGGGGAGAGCACUUUAAUCGACGUCUGCAAAGAAGUUCUCUUUUGCUAAGAUUUCGAUGAAACCACGACUACGUUUGGAAAGAAAAACAUUUUCAUAUACGAUCACACUACUGUAUAUGAUUGAACGGCACUGACUUCAUCAGCAGUUACAUCAUCACAGGGAAUUAUGGGAUUGUGUCCAUUUCUGUACACUACACAUACUGUACACUGACAGUGUACGCCACUAAACAUCCAAAACAAAAACUAAGAGAAUGAAAAUACAGUAUUGACGUUCUUGAAGGAUAGUUAUGUAUUUUUCCUUUUACAUUUCAUUUCAUAUAAAAAAGUCAUUUUGGUAGAAAUGGUGUUAGACAGAAAUAAGUAUGUUUACCAAAAUAUGUUUGUUCGGUACGUUUGCUCUGUGAGUAAAUGUUACUGAAAAAGUUCAAGGUAAAUUUAGCUUUUUAGAGGUUCGUCUUCUUUGAAGUCCGUGUAAAGUCCGACAUUUAAAUGUGUUCUCAGUUUGUCACACCACAGAAAAAAUGCCAAUUAUAAUAAACGAUCAAAAUCUUGGAAAAACAAGCAGGAUUCUCUGCUUUCAACCGCUGUCGGUGUUGAGACCACACCCACUCGCGGGAAAGCUGCCGUCUCUUUUAAAUUUCAAAUACUGUUUGCUACCAUGAACAAUAUAACCUGGUCCUCGAGUACCCCCUCACAGAAAGUUUUAAAUUGACGUCUUAUUUAAAACACCUGAUUCAAAUCAUCAGCCUCCUUCCAGAAUGGUUGACAAGGCUGCGUCCGAAACCGCAUACAGUGACAGUACGUACUAAAUGAGAUGAAGUACAUACUUACUGACCAUAGUAUAGUAUGAAUUCUGGUAGUAUGAAUACGAUUCGGACGUACUACAUACAUCAUGGCUGCGUCCGAAACCGCAUACUGUAUAGUAGGUACUGAAUGAGAUGAAGUACUUACUUGCUAUUAAAUCAGUAGGUACUGUAUAGUAUGAAUCCUGGUAGUAUGAAUGAGAUUCGGACGUACUACAUCUGCCAUGUUGCUACAUCACGUGACAUACGUCGUCAUCACGUCAUGUCAUUUCAGCGCGAAAACAGCCGCAUGCCUCUUCUUCUUCGUUGGAUAACUCCUCUCCCGGGGCAUCAUGGGAUAGUGAAGUGUCCAUCGUAUGCACACUGCAAAAUCUAACCGGAAGUAGUAGGUCAUCCGGGUACUUUUUCGCAUACUGUUUUUCGAAUACUAUGUAUUCGGACAUAGUACUCGCCUCGCCUACUGCUUUUCGCGUACCAUAUAGUAUGAACUAGGCGGUUUCGGACGCAGCACAUGUUGAUACAUCACGUAUAACAUAAUUCGUCAUCACGUCAUGUCAUACCAGUGCGAAAACAGCCGCAUUGCCUCUUUCCAUCAUUUCCUAAUAUGACAACACCUAUUCUUGUUCGUUGGAUAGCUCCUCUCCCGGGGCAUCAUGGGAUAGUGAAGUAUGCACACUUCAAAAUCUAACCAGAAGUAGUAGGUCAUCCGGGUACUUUUCGCCUACUGUUUUUGGAAUACUAUGAAUUCGGACAUAAUACUCGCCUCGCCUACUGCUUUUUGCCUACUAUAUAGUAUGGAAGUAGGCGGUUUCGGAUGCAGCACAAGUCUCUCCAGCAAGCUGAUGAGUUAAAUCAGGUGUGUUAAAUAAAGAGACAUCUAAAACAUUCUGGGAGGGGGUAUUCGAUGACCACGAUUGGGAAACACUGACCUAGAUGAAGGCUCGCGAUUGUUUUAGGGGCGGGGCCCAUGCGUGGUGGCUCCAGUGCAUCAUCAAGCCACUGUUGUUUUAGCCCCGCCCAAAUAAUUCAGAAAUGUUGAAAAACUGUUUAACGGAGUAACUCCACAAUUAAGUACUACAACGUGUUUCAGGAAUACAUUUCUAACAUUUAUAAAGUGUUUGGAAACAAUUCUCUGAAAUGACUUUUCAUGGACUUUAAAAGUGCAGUAGGUUGUUAAUUGAUGGUAGUUGAUGAAGAAUAACCACACUUUAAAAAAAUUAAAGAGAAAAUAUUGGACAGAAAUAGCAGUUGGGUUAUAAAUAACCAUAUGCUGGGUUGCUUUUACCCAACAUUUUAUACUGUGCACUGUCUAUCCAUCAGCUUUUCUGAUAUAUUACAUAUUAUUACAUUUGUGACCCUGCUGUGAAAUCCAGACUAAACUCAUUUCACAUUCAUUUCAAUCUUUGACUUGAUCUUAUUCAGUCAAUAUUAAAGAUAUCAAGGUUAUAUUUUCACACAACGUCCUUUACAUUAGGUAGGAUGAUUUUAUGUAGAAAACAGUAAAUCACACUCAAAAAAUGACUUUAGGUGGGUUUUCACAGGCAGAGUCACAUGUUAUGGUGCCAGCUAUGUUAAAUGACACUAUUUGAUAUCGCACUUUUAUAAAAUAAUCCAAACUUCAUCUUCUAACAAAUGUGAAGACAAAUUUAAGUAUAUUUCUCAUGUAUUUUAGAGAAUUUUAAAAGUUUCUUUAAAUUAUUUUUUGCUAAAUUGGCUUAAAAUCCCUGAAGAUUUAUGACAAAUGUUCUUUUGUUUUGGUUUUCCAUGUCUGCCAAGGAGAAAGUUUGUGCGGCAUCACAAUGCUAAACUCUUUUCUGGUUGCACUCAGUUCUGCUGUGAAUUAAUUAUAGGGGGAAGUGUCAAAUUUUGCACCAAAUGAAGUUCCCAUGCAUUACCAUCAUUGUCUAAACAAGAUAAAUGGUUGUCCUGCCCCAAAACCAUGCACUGGACAAGCCAAAAUGUCACUGAGCCUACAUCGAAAAAAGAUUUGUUGUUUCAACUUUAAAAAGUGUUCAUGCUGCCUUAAAAUUUUAAGUUGAUUCAACUUAAAAAAAAUAGUUAACUGAAGUUGAAUUAACUUUAAAAAGUGUUCAUACUGCCUUAAAAUUUAAAGUUAAUUCAACUUAAAAAAAUAUUAGUUAACUGAAGUUGAAUUAACUUAAAAUCUUAAGGCAGCAUGAACACUUUAUGAAGAUAAUUCAACUUUAAAAAAAAAUUAGUUAACUGAAGUUGACUCUUCAGUCCUUCCAGAAAAACCGACAGGUUUUCUUAAAAAAUGCGACGGAAUAUGCGGGAUUUUUAUGCAAUGAAAUUGCGGAACUUGCAAAAACUGUUUGUAGCUUUAUCAGCUUCUUAUUGAUGUUCACGUCGCGUAAUUACGUCACUUCAUAACAUUCCCAUGGCAACAGGGGACAUGGCUGCGCUUGUGUGAAGUAAAUGCAACAUUUUGAAACUUUCUGCUAAGAUAUAUGUGACUUUUUGCUACAAAAAUGUGUGGAUUAUGAAAUCAUGCAAGCCUUGCAUAUUUUAUGCACAGAAGUUUGCAAUUUAUGUGGCGAAAGUGCAGUGUAUUUUAAAAAAUGCAGCCGCCGCAUAAGUAUGCAUUGAAUCGCAUAAUCGCGUUUUUCUGGAGUGACUGACUCUUAUGUUGUUACAAACCUGUAUAAAUUUCUUUGUUCUGAUAAACACGAAGGAAGAUAUUUUGAGGAAUGUUUGUAACCAAACUGAUUAUAACAUUUAUUUUCAUAGUAUUCUCUUGUCCUACUAUGGAAGUCAAUGGGGCUCAUGAUUGGUUUGGUCACAAACAUAACUCAAAAUAUCUUCUUUCUUGUUCAUCAAAACAAAGAAAUGUAUACAGGUUUGUAACAACAUGAAAGUGAGUAAAUGAUGACAGAAUUAUAAUUUUUGGGUGAACUAUCCCUUUAAGUUGAAAUAACAAAUCUUUUUAACAGUGUACCCAAACAAAGUGAUAGAUGAGUUAAGAAAGCAACCUACAUUAUAAACUUGUAUUUGUUUUUGCACCACAGACAAUUUGUUAAUUUCAAGUAUCUUAAGGUUUUGUGAAUCAGAUGAGCAAAGAGAAAAAAAUGUUAGGUGGCUAUUCAAUACAGUUGUAUAUAUUUUAUACCUUAGAUAUCUAGAAGAAAUUGACUGAGAAUCAAGUUCGACUUGCAUUUACAAUGAAUAUGACCAUUUUCUUAGGCGGUGAAAUCUUGAAUGAUGUUCAAGAAUGUGAAUUAAGUCCUAUUAUUAUUGGCAACAAGACAAAGUCCUUUAUAGUCAUUUGUUUAAGAUAAGUUAUAUGGGCUUGUUGUGUGUUAUACUCCUGAAUUCGGUCUGCUGGUGUUUCAAACCUUCAAUUUGAGUCUUCUGAAUACUGAGCACCAUUUCAGCCAGUUUACCGUAUCCAUGUAUAUUAUUGCACUUGACGGUGUUAACUCUUCUCUGAGAGUUAUACUUCAUUAUAUUUCAGAAAAUCAUGCAAAAGGGAAACAUAUCUGCUGCCUGGUUGAAGACUAUAGUUGUGCUGUAGUGCUUUGUACAGAAUAAACAGCAUUACAAAAUGAUUUUGGUAUUACUGCUAUUAUUUUACCACCAGUCUGCACUUAACUGUUUCUUUGUUUCGCUUUUGUUAAAGAUGCACAUUUGUCACAUGGAAGCAGAACUUAUCGCCACAUUUAAAUAACAGAAAUGUGCAGGUCAUAAAAAAUUGUUAAUGUAUUAAAAUGUCAAAAGCC